GCCCUCUCCCAAUCGCUGACGCACAUACGUGACGUGGACACUAUUUAGUCCCCUUUGGGUCCACCCUUCUGCUUCCUACUCACGCUCCAUCCCAAAGCAUCCUCUCUAUCCCCAGUAAACCAGCAUUUGAGCGAGUCACUACCUCCCUACCGCCAACGAUGGACAUGAACGGCACUCCCCUGGUCAGGUUUCAAUCCUCUCAGCAAGCUCAAUCCGAGGCAGAUGAUAGGAUCAUCAGGCGGCGAAGUUCAAAGGCAUGCGACAACUGCCGUAAGGCAAAGUGCAAGUGCGAGCCCACCGGCCCGAACCAACCUUGCAGCAAUUGUGUCUCCCUCCGUCUCACAUGCACAUUCCUCGGUCCCAGCCGCAAACGCGGGCCUCCAAAGGGCUACAUCGACAAGCUCGAGGCGAAAAUGCACCGGCUCCAAGCCCUCAUCGGCACCAUCAUGCUCUCCGAUGACGCCCGAGCCCAGUCAAUUGUCAACGACUUGUCCGGCGAUCCACUCGCGCGGGAGGUGCUGGCCCAGGUGGAGGCGAGCCCUUUCGGCUCUGCCGGCCGCUCGGGUCACAUCCCCAUGCCGAGCUUGCGGUUUGAUGAUAUGGAGGAUCAGCUCGGGCUCAACACCAUUCAGGAAGAAGGCAUGACUCCUCCCAAGGUUGGUGACAAUGCGACUCACCAUGAUUUAGGCCCCUCCACACACUUCACUGCGUCCGCAAGCGACUGGCAGAACGCUCUUCAUGCCUGCUUGAGAGGCGGCACCUCUGGAUUACCUCACUUGGACCACUUAGACACAGCCAUUCCGUCCAUUCAAUACCCAAAUAUUUCCCCCGUUCCUGAUGAUGGUACGAGCCCCCGCCAGCGAAGGCGACUUGAUGCACCUCUGCGUUCCCCGCAGCAGGACACCUCUCCCACUGGCUUCUCCCAAGGGAGUGGUAACAGCCUGGGCAACCAGGCGGGUGCGAUCUCGUCGCCUUCGCAGCCUCAUCGGUACAAUAACGAGAGAGGUGACUCGUUCCGAGCAGCUUCUCCAGAUGAUCCUACGCCAUCAGAAGAUGGUGACGAGAAUGUAGACUUGGCUGACGUCGUCGGCCAGCUUUCUAUCGAUGAAAAUGACCAAGUCCGCUAUCAUGGGAAGGCGAGUGGCUUGCACCUUCUGAGCCGAAGCGAGCGUCACCGGGAGGGCAUUUGGCGUUUCCCCCCCGCGCGCGUUUGGCCCCCUUCGGAAAAUCACGUUGUAAAGACUGAGGAAGAAAUCCUGAGCUCUGCAAAUGCUCGUGACUGCCUUCCCUCUCUCUCUCAGCAACAACACUUGAUCGACCUGUACUUUACCUAUGUCCAGCCCGUCCUGCCGAUCAUUCCCAAGAGGCAGUUCAUGGAGCUCUUCCGGGAAAGAAUGGCGUCUAGCGAUGCCAAUUCUCCGGCUGAUAACGUUCGCGGGCGGAUCCCCACGUUGCUUCUCCUAGCCAUGUUCACCGUGGCUGCUCGGUACACUACGACGGACACCCCGUUACCGAUCGAUGGGAAGAUGUGGAAUGCUGGCGACAAGUAUCUCACCGCAGCCAAGCUUAUUCUCAAUGAGAAAUACGCAUCGAGUCAACCUGAAACGUGCCAGGCACUCAUUUUGCUCAGCUACAGGGAGAUAGGUAUUGGGGCAAUGGCGCAGUCUUUCCUUUACACUGGAAUGGCCGUCCGGAUGGCUCAGGAUCUCGGUCUUCACCGCUCGAUGGAGAAAUGGCACCCGGCCGGGCAGUCCCGUUUCACAGAAGAGGAAAAGCAGACCCGUCGCCGCAUCUGGUGGGCCUGUGUUAUCUUGGAUCGAUAUGUGUCGACCUACAUCGGUCGCCCCAUGGGUAUUUUCGAACGUGACUACGAUACUGCGCUUGCUACCGAAAAUGAUCCUGAAGAAGUUGAAGUCUGGCGACCCCUCUUCGACGAUGCGGGUUCUCCUGAUGCGUCAACAGCCGGCCGCCGUUUGACGUAUGAGCCAAAGGCUUCGCAUGCGUUGGCCUGCUUCAAUGCCUCGGCCACCCUCGCGUCGAUUCUCGGGCGCGUGUACGAGAACCUUUACACCAUCAGGACUAAUGCCGAGGGAGCGGCUGGAGAACGCAUCCUCAGACAAUUGGACAAACGCCUCGCUCUUUGGCUCAUCAAUCUCCCGGAUUCGUUGAAGUACCAACCAUCAAACACGAGUGUCCCGCCACCCCAUAUUCUCACGCUUCAUAUGCAAUUCUACUGCGCGUUGCUCUUGCUGCAUCGUCCGUUUAUCACUGGUGAACGACUAUCUGCACCUGUGGACGAUCUUCCGUCUCGUGCGAUCUGUUCCACUGCUGCCAACGCCAUCAGCACCAUCAUUUCGACGUUCAAAGAGGCGUUCGGACUGAAGCGGUGUCCCGCAAUAUGCACGUUCUACGUCUUCAGUGCCAGUAUUAUGCAUGUGUUCAAUGCUACGGUGGAUCCCUCUGAUGUGCAGUCCCGUGUCAAUCUUGCUAAAUGCAUGGCGGUUCUAGGAGAGAUGGAUCUUGUUUGGCCAAGCGCAGGACGAGCAAGGGAAUUAUUGAAUGGCCUUGUCGAUCUUCGGGAUGUUGACCUCUCGCGGCCUCCUGGUCAUCCUGAAGCCCUCCGAAGCUCCAAUAAACGCGCAUAUCCAGAUGAUGACGAGAGAAGGAGUCACGAGUUGGCUCAGCAACUAAGUAACGACGCUCGCUAUCUACUAGCCAGUCGUGAAGAUGCGCUCGGAGGCCCAGCCAUGUGGAACAUCUCCGGUCCGACAUUACAUAAUGCUACCCACCAUUCCGACUCUGCUUGGAAUACUUUGCAUGGUGCAGAGAACGGUGAUCGUUCGCUGAGUGUCGCGCGGUCCUCCGAGGACCUCCAUGGUGCCUUGACCAAUUCUGGUUAUGCCAUGUCCAAGUCAACACAUCCUCUGCAAGCGCCGUACCCCUCGGCCGGCGACAGCCACUCCUUAGGAUUUGGUUCUCCUGAGAGCAUCUCCAAUGUGUUCCCCCCCUUCUCACCACCUCGAACAUCUUCGUUCUGGAACGACCAAAUGGCUAUGCCUUUCGGAGAUCCAGCACUCGCAUCCGCCUUCAUGGGCCUGCCAGUCAAUAUGUCUCACAUGUCUGAUUUCUCAGAUGUCCGAGGUGACGGCCUCUUCAUGCAGUCGCUCGGAGAAAGACCAGGAACUCCCGAGGGGGACGUGCCCACGUCCUAUCAUCUCCUUAAUAGUCGUGAGAGGCAGUUUACUGCCGGAAUUUAAUAAAUGCACUAUGCUUUGGACCAUAUUAUAUGCUUCUCUUUCUCCAUCUUAUCCUUCUUGGGGAUGUACCAAUAAGCGUAGUAAUGCGUCGAUAGCUAUAUUUCGGACU